UUGUCUGUGUCUCAGAAUUCAAUUGUGUUUGCAAUCCUUCCCCCUGUGUCCAGACAUAAUGGCUGAAAUCGCCCUCACCAUCCUCAGCCCUGUCAUUGAGGAGGCAGUUUCCAAAACAGUUUCAUUUCUUAAAAAACGAAUCGGAAUUGCGGUGGGUUUGGAAAAGGAGCUUGAUAAGCUUCGCGAUUCUCUCAUUCUCAUUCAAUCUGUCAUCCAACACGCAGAGGAAAGGCAAGAAAGUGACCCAGCUAUAAAGCAUUGGCUACAGAAGCUGAAAGACGUAGCGUAUGAGGCAGUGGAUGCAUUGGGUGAGUGUGAGUACAAGAUUCUUAAGAACAAAGUUAAGAGUCAUAGGUACUCGAAUCCUGAGUCUGUCUACUUUUCUCCCUCGUUUCGUAAUCGUAUGGCUACCAAAAUCAACAACAUUAUUAAGCAGUUGAAUGACUUGAAAGACUGGGCCAGUAUGAUCAACCUGGUGGUCACAUUGAGAGGCCAAUCUUGUCCUAAGCAACAUCCAAAGACAGAUUCUUUUCUUGAUAAUUCCACAGUAUUUGAAAGAGAAGACGAUGUCUCAAGAAUUCUCGGCUUGUUGCGUGACUUGAGGAGGAGUCAACAUCCCAUCUCUGGCAUUUCUAUUGUAGGUAUGGCUGGGAUUGGAAAGACAACAAUAGCAAAAUUAGUAUACAUGAAAGCAAAGGAAGAAAAGCUUUAUGAUCUAGCCGCUUGGGUGUGUGUAUCCGAGGACUUCAAUGAUCAAAUCAUUUUGGGAGAGAUGUCAGAGCAUUUUGGCUGGAGUGCUGCUACAAGGAAUAGUAUUAAUGCAUUGCUUGAAGAUCUUGCAGAAAAAUUAGAGAAUAAAACUUUUCUUCUCAUUCUUGAUGACGUAUGGAAUGAAAAUCCUGACAAGGGGGAACACUUCAGCUCUUGUUUGUUAAAAAUUCUGAAGACUACUGGCAGCUCUAUUGUCAUAACAACUCGUAGUGGAAAGGUAGCAUCUACAAUGGAGUCGAUUCCUAUACAACGCUAUGACAUGGAGAGGUUAUCAGAUGAUGCAUGCUGGUUGAUAAUAAAAGAGAAAUUUCUUAGAUCAUCCACAGAAACUUCAAUGACUCCUGAUUUGGAAGCUAUUGGACAGGAUAUUGCCAAAAAAUGUAGAGGUUUGCCAUUAGUUGCUAGUGUAAUCGGAGGAACAUUGAGCCGUCAAACUAGUGUAGAUAAAUGGAAGGAUAUCAGAGAUGAUAAAGCAUGGAAUUUGAAUUCACGAGAUGGAGAUAAGAUUUUAUCUAUUUUGAAAAUAAGUUUCAAUCAUUUGACUUCUCCCUUGAAAAAAUGCUUUUCUUACUGUUCAAUUUUUCCAAAGGAUUUUGUCAUUGAAAAAGAUGAUUUAGUUCAACUCUGGAUGGCUCAGGGGUUUCUUUACCAACCUAACGAAAGCUCUGCAACAAUGGAGGAUGUUGGUAAUGAUUACUUUAGUGAUUUGUUAUCUAACUCCUUAUUUAAAGAUGUGUACAGGGACAAAUUUGGGAAUAUCAGAUCUUGCAAGAUGCAUGACGCAGUGCAUGAUUUGGCACUGUCUGUUUCAAAAGGUGAUACUUUUAUAUGGGAGACUGGUUGCAUAGUUGACCAGGAUGCUAAAAUUCGACAUUUAAGAGUUAAGCAUGACAAGAACGAGCGUCCAAUCAUUCCUAGAGCUGUUGCUCAAAGAUUGCAUUCUUUGUUCUUGGAAGAG